AGAGAUUUUCAGACCGAAGUUGUUCAUACUGUACGAUGUCGAAUACCAAUUAAUCCCCUGAUGAUAACCUCAAUUUUGGUCGAUUUCGAUUAAUGUCGAUUUUCUCUGGAUUGGUUGAGCGACCGGUCAUCACCGUGAUGUAGGGGAAUACGGACGCUUGACCUCAUGUACCGGACACGUAUUUCGCCCCUUUUCCCGAGAUGAUUCGCUGGACGUCACGAUAUUUCUCAAUCUGGCUCCGUGCCUCUGUCCUUGGAUUACUCAUUAUUUUUGGAUACUUAUGCUUUUACUCGCGAAGUGCCCAUGGACAACCUCUCACUCCCAGUCCGGAAAACUGGACCAAUGUCAAAGACUCUACUCCCGGAGCCAAUAUCGUCGUCUCCGUCAAGACUGGAGCCUCGGAGGCAGCUGAGAGGAUUCCUAUUCAGAUGCAGACAUCACUUCGAGAUGUACAGAACGUGUUUUUCUUCUCCGAUCUCGAACAAGAUCUUGGACAAUACCACCUGUAUGACUCUCUAGAUACGAUCAAACCUUCGAUAAUGCAGAACAAUCCGGACUUUGUCUUCUAUCAAAAGCAACGCGAAAUGUGGAACGCAACUGGAAAUAUCACUUCCCUGAAAAAUGAGAAGCAUCCAGAUGACCCAAGUGAAUUAGCUGCCUGGACUCUGGACAAGUACAAGGAUAUCCAUAUCUUGGAAAAGACCUGGGCUUUGAUGCCAGACCAGGACUGGUACAUAUUCAUUGACGCCGACACAUAUCUUCUAUGGUCCAAUGUGGUUCAAUGGUUGUCGACACUGGAUCCCAAGAAAAAGUCAUAUUUUGGCUCCGAAGUGAAUGCCAGCGGGGUUAAGUUUGCACAUGGCGGCACAGGGAUCAUCAUUUCCAAGGCUACGAUGUACAAUCUCGCAGUCAGAGAUGCUGGACUGGCUGCUGGUUAUGAUUCGAUUAUUCACAAUAAAUGUUGUGGGGAUUUGGUGCUCGGCAUGGCUCUCAGGGAGUCUGGUACCUUGCUGCAAGAUGCUUGGCCAGCAAUGAGCGGAGAGGCACCAUGGACCAUGCCUUUUGGGCUGGGAACUCCCGAGUACUGGUGUCAACCAGCAUUGACACUCCAUCAUCUCAGUCCUGAUGGGAUGGCGGAAUUUACGGCGUUUGAAGACAAGAGGGAGAAUAAAUUGAGCCCUCUCAUACAUGAAGAAAUGUUUAAUAAAUUUGUAUUAGAUUUACUUGUAUCUCAAAAAGAUAAUUGGGAUAACUUAGCCUCAGAACGAGGCGAGUUUGGAAAGACUGGUGGCGUCACAUCAGACACGUCAUCCUUCGAAGACUGUAGGAAAGCAUGCGAAGCGGAUAAGAAGUGUUUUCAGUACUCUCAUCAUGGAAACAUAUGUAACAUUGGAAUGAGUGUACGUCUUGGAUACAAGAAAGAUGCAGAUAGCGAGGGCAUUUGGCGGAGUGGCUGGAAUUUGACCCGACUUCAGGACUGGGCAUCGAAACAGGAGAGAUGUGGUCCUGCAUCCUUUCCAAAACAGAAUAAUUGAGUAGAAUGUGCGAAAUAGUUCCAUAAUAGUAACCUAUGUCAGACUAGCUGGUACUCUCUGUGAGGCUCAGAUCGUUCUACAUACUCCUUCGCUGCCAUGAUUGCCCGCCAAGACACAUGACAGGGGGAUGCUUAAGCGAGUAAAAUUACCAACAAACAACAAACAACAAACAAGUCCUCGAUGGACAUCGCAAUCUCAGCUCUCAAAUUCCUGAUUGUGGCGAUUUCAAAUCCACACUCUCAAAAAAAUGCUCCGAACUAAGCCUCACCCUUCGUUCUGUGACCAAAUACUCUCUUACAUGUCUUCCUCCAAACUCCUUCGGUGAAAGUACUGGCAACUUCUUGAAACUGCUUCAUUUGCCCUGAAAGGUCUCAAGCUGAACGUGCUGACAAUCCGCAGAUGUCUUCAAACACAUGAGAUGUGGGACAGCGUGGAUUCUUGAGUAACCAAGAAGGACAACCAUUUCCAGAAGAGUCAAUUAUGCAACGCAACAAAGAGUGAUGGAGUGCCACCGGUUUCUAGUAGAGUAUGGACAAUUCUAAAUGCAUAUACUGUGGAUGCGGCUUGUCCACACAGACUGUGGGCCUGCUGUGUGUCGGUGUUCUGACAUUUUAGAUAUUCAGAAACUUGACGCACGUAGACAAAGAGUAGCUCGGCCGUGGGUUGGACCAGCAUUGACGAUGGCUGGGUGCGCAUUCGAAACAAGAAGAGAAAGAUCUCAGCUCUUACUGAUCAUAGGAAAUAGGCGCCGAAUGAGAAAUCAUCGUGCUUGUCCCUGUUUUGUCUUGUAAAUGCUUCCGUUCUUGUGAACCUUUACUGAUAUCCGUUAUUGUGAGAAGGUCGGCAUGUUCACAUUGAUCGAG